UCGACGCAGUCGAUGCUUCGAUCUAAUCCUGGUUUCUUGUCACAGUGACGUAUGUUUGUCUACUUAGAAGCUAAUAGAUCGAAGCAGCACAGCAGACAUCAUGGCGUAUUAUCCUCGAGGUUAUGGUCAACCACAGGACCAUGUAUCUCACAGGACUGACAACAGCCGAUUGUAUUGGCCAUACAAUCACGACAGAGACAGCCGGCGUUACUAUGAUCCUGCGCUUCGGAACUUCCGGGAGCCAUCUUACGUCGACGAUUGCCGGAGAAAUUACCCCAUGAGGAGCUCUUAUGAUGGCCGGCAGGGUGUUGUUCCUCUUGAAGAAGUGAGCCCAUCUUCCGUCGUUCUCUCCAAUCAUGUGUUCUACAGAGGGGGGUCUCCACGCUGGACGAAUAACCAGCACCAGCAGUAUAGAGGGCAUCCAGGCGGACGAUUAGAUGGCUGCCGAAUGGAUCGCUACUACGAUCAUUUCGGAAGGACAGACUACGGAGGAUAUCGCAACCAUCAGUACCACCAGGAAGGCAGUCACCUUGAUCGUCACUUAUGCAAUCAACGCUUGUCACGAAUGGUGCAGCUGUACGUACCAAUUUGCUGUGACAAAUGCGUGCGAAAAUUAAGGAAGCUCCUGCAGUAUGAAGAAGGCGUGGAGUCUUUCACCAUGGAUCAGACUACGAAGAAAGUGGUGGUUUACGGGAAUGUAAACCAGCAACGUGUGCUCAACCUAGCACGCCAAGACAAGGCAGAAUCUGAAUUCUGGGAAUGUCGUCAAAUCUGACCCUUGGUCAAAUUCUAAUCCAGGUUUUUUUGUACAGAAGUAACUUUGUAUUUAAAAAGCCUACCACCUUAUAAUUUGAAAAUUUGCACCACACGAGGAUUGACCUAGAAUUUUACUCAAAAUUACAAGUCUCAUCCUAAUGAUCACCAAGCAUCUGAAAGAAUAUAUAUAUAUAUAUAUAUAUAGAAGCUUAGUCACAGUUGGUACUCUGGAUUUUUCGAGAGCAUCUGAUUACCAAAUCAUGUAAAGCAGCCCUUGCAGAAAGUAUAGACCAAUGGUAAAGAUACAAAACUUUGUUUUGUUUAGGGCUGCACCACAGCUUAAUUUUGCAAGCAUUCGUCUGAUGGCGGUUAUCUUUCAGUCA